GCAGCGCACCUUGCUGCCUUGCGACCUGCCACUCCCUCUUGCGUGCCACCACAUCGUCGCCGAUCUACUGCCGCGACCUUCUCGUCUCACGCUGACUCUUCGCCAGCUCGUCCGAGGCCUAGGCGCUCUGCUGCCCCCUCGCUCCCCUCGCCCAAACACUGCCAUGGGCGCAGCCAAGGAGCGCCCGUCGCCCGAAGAGAUCGAGCGCCUGCGUGCCGAACGCGCCGCCAAGAAGGAGCGCGUGGCGGCGGAGAAGGAGGCGCAGGCCAAUGCGCCUCUCGCGCAGGCGGACAGCUCGCUGUACGUGCCGCGAGAGUGGGCCAGGGUGCGGGCAGAGGCGUCGAGCAGUGCGAGCAGCAGCGGCAGUGGCGUCCGAGUCGGCAGCUGGAACCUGCUGGCGCAAGGACUGGUGCGCCGCAAGCUCUUUCCCGGCUCCGACUGCCUCAAGUGGAAGGACCGCGAGGCGGGUCUGCGCGCCGAGCUGGUCGGGCACGCCUUUGACAUCGCCUGCUUCCAAGAGGUGGACCGGCUCGACUCGCACGGGCCCAAUCUGGAGAAGGCCGGCUUCAAGUUCGUGUACGAAAAAGGCUAUGCUGCCAAGCAGCACGGACUCCUCAUCGGAUGGCGCACAAAACCACGCAGCGCAGCAUCGCCGUACUUUGCGCAAGAGCCGCUGGCGCAAAAGCUCAUCUUCUUCGACGACCUGAGCCCCCGCACUCUGGCGCCCGUCAAGGAGGCGGAGCGCAGCGGCUGCAGCAGGGUGACGCGCAACGUGGCGCUGCUGGUGGCGCUGCCCUUUGCGGGGCGGCCCGGCGGCCUCGUCGUCGGCACGACGCAUCUCUUUUGGCAUCCCCAGCACGCCUACGAACGAGUACGUCAGGCAGGUCUGCUCAUGCGUGCGGCAGAUGCGUUCCGGGCAGAGCGGAGCGAGACGGCAGGCUGGGACGUGGUCGUCGCUGGAGACUUCAACGACCAACCUCACAGCGCCACGUACCAGCUCUUGCGCGACGGCACGCUGGAUGCACAUGCUCGCGAGGAGAUCUUGCGGUCCAGCGUGAUGCACCGGAGCAUCGACGAGGCCCGCGCCCGCGCCCAGGCUGGCAUCGAAGGCGAGGAUGAUGUCGAGGAGGAGGGCGAUGAUGAGCCAGAGGAGAACGGAGCAGCAGCAGGACAAGCAGAGGAGAAGAAGCCGGCCGCGCCAGAGGCGGACUCUGACCACAUGCUCAAGACCUGCCGCGCCGCCUCUGCCGACGAUGGCCUGCUGUCGAUUGACGAGCUCGUGCAGCUGCACAAGCUUGACAUUGGCAAAGCAGUCAGUGCGUACGGCAGCUACUACUCGCAUCUUGAAGGCGAGAGUGAAGAGGGCAACUACUUCGGCUCGAGCGCGCGCGGCCGCGAGCGCUUCGACGACGAGUCGUACAUCGAGGGCCAGGCAAACGUGCACAGCGGCCCCUCGACCGAGCCGAUGUGGACGCUUUACUCCAGCAUCUUCUCCCUGACGCUGGACUACAUCUGGCUGCUGCCGCGACGACACACGGCAUCCGAUUCGUAUCCGCCCGUCACUGCCCUGCUGCGCACACACAAGACGGAGACGCUGCAGCCCGGCGUGCCGCGCAAGGGCGUCUGCGCCAGCGACCACGUGGCGAUCGGCGCCGAGAUCGUGCCGCAUUCGGAAUAGAGGUAUGAUUGCAGAG